CUCGAUCUCAUCAUAACAAUCCGCGAUGACCUCAAACUUCGACGAGUACGACGAUACGACCUUGAUUUAAAUACAGCGUCGCUACAAAGAUAGGAGGCCGACCGCGACCGGCGUCACCACUACACAUGUCUUUGACGCAUUCGCCGCUCGCCUUUGUGGAAAACAAGGACGCGCCUGUGAAGCUGAUUGAAGUGACCAGCGAUGGUCAUGCAAGGAGACUGGAAGUAACGGAAGACUUGAUCAAGAGGUAUAUUGAGAAGGACUUCUCGGCAAGUCCCACUGUUAUUGGGCGCAGAUGCAUAUUAACGUGAGAGAAGACACAUGGUAGCAGGAACGAGCUGCCUGCAAGCGUGGAAACAAUCAAGCUAUUCUGGUCUAGGCGCGUAGGGGAGUAUAAUGGCAAUAUGACUCCGGUGCCUUUGUCGUCGCAUUCUUUUGGGCGUAUCGCUCCAUUUGCUCGAAUACCAGAGAUUUAUGCCCGCGUGUUGGACUACAAAGCUGCGACAUACGUCUUUGCCAACCCCCAAUUGCCCUUACACCUGGCGCGUACUUCGCCGAAAGACGUGCGAAGCAGAUAUUUGAGCUUCAUCUUACAGUCCGUACCCGGUGCUAUGUCCCAUGUCUGUAUCAGCGGUUCCUUCACGUACGACUUCUCAACCAAACACAUGUACGUCUUCAUGCAUGGCCUGGCAAGCAACAACUACGACCGAUUUUCGAACAUAAUCCAAGAGGGGGCUUCUAGCACGUCUGCGUUUCUUCUUCCAAGUAUCAUCGUGCGUUUCAAUCUUGAGCAGCGAGUGAAAGCACUAAACCUUUGGCAAGAUAAGAUCUACUGGCACGAACGAAGAGUAGGCAUUCGGUUUGAUCAUCACGAUAACCCUGAGCUGUCCAGUAUCGAUUUUAGCACGCUGUCGAAAGAUCUCAAUGCCGCAAACACAAACCUCGCGUACGUAAUGUGGUCUUGUAAAAGUACUACACGUAUGCUCGACUUUCUCGAUCAGAUUGCAAAGAGGUACAAACAGCAAGCUAUUGCAAACAAGAUAUCUGAAGACGAUGCGGCUGAGAUUGAGCAAUUACUCGUCGAUGCUCAUGCACAAAUGCGAUCUUGGAACGCCGGCCUCGAGGAUCGUGCGGACUAUCUCGCUAAGCGGGGACAAGCUCUUGUACAGACUGUUUACAGCGGCAUUGCGCAGCGCGAUUCGGCGAUCAGCCUUAAAUUGGCGAGCACGAGCAUGAGCCUUGCACAGUCGUCACGAAGCAUAGCGCUAUCAACUUCACGCGACAGCAGAGUUAUGAGGAUAAUCGCCGCCAUCACAGUAUUCUUCUUGCCAGCAACAUUUACUGCCACAUUCUUCAGCACCACAUUCUUUGACUUCAAGCCAAAUCAAGACGAAAAAAUAUACUCACAGUGGAUUUGGCUGUACUUCGUGGUUACAAUAAUCUUGAACUUGACUGUGUUCUUUGGCACGUGGUACGUGUGGCGAAAGAAAGAGCUCGAAAUCAUGGCAUCUUUCAGUUCAGCAGAUAAAGAGCCAGAAGCCCAGACAGUGGAAACAUCUGGAAGAAGACUUGAUCUUGAGACUGCACAGUAUGUUGAGCAGGAGAUCGGUCACGCGGCACCGGGGGUGAAGUCGCGCACGAAGUCAAAAUGUGAUCAAUCCAGUCAGCAACAAACACAUUACGCGAAAACAGAGACAAGCGCAUAUCGAGAGCGAGAAAGAUCCGAAGCACCUCAUACAAGAAGAGACUUAGACAGGCCUAGAGACACAUUACCAUAAAAACAUGCAAAGCAGGUAAUCUAGCGUCGAUGCAGGCUCUAGGGUGUUCAUCCUUUUCCUAGGUUGACGUGGGAGAGCAAUCGAAGACAUACAUUGAAGAAGUCAUACAGGAUUUCCCACUCUCUGAUCCACAUCCUCUUCUUCUGAAGCGCGC